AUGGCAUCAGCAAGUCUGCAGUUCUUUGCUUUUAUUCUGGCUUUGUUUGGUGUUUUUGGAGAUAUCACAGCCACUUUACUGCCAAACUGGAAGGUAAAUGCAGAUGUUGGUUCAAAUAUCAUAACAGCUAUAACACAGAUGCAAGGACUUUGGAUGGACUGCACAUGGUACAGCACUGGGAUGUUUAGCUGUACCCUGAAAUACUCCGUUCUCUCUCUCCCCAUCUACAUCCAGGCUGCACGGACCACCAUGGUACUGUCCUGUAUCCUAUCAGCCUUUGGGAUCUGCAUCACUACAGUUGGAAUGAAAUGCACAAAGUUGGGAGGGGACACUGCCAGCAAAAGCCACGCUUGUUUUGGUGGAGGAAUCUGCUUCGUUCUUGCCGGAAUCUUUGGAUUAGUACCUACAUCCUGGUACACAAGAGAAAUUAUUUCAAAUUUUCUGGACCAGACCAUUCCAGAGAGCAGUAAACAUGAACCAGGAGGAGCAGUUUAUGUAGGAUUCAUUUCAUCUGGGUUUCUGCUUAUUGCUGGUGUGAUCUUUUGCACUUCCUGUUUUAAAAAGCAGCCAGGAGCAUGGAUUUGCCCUCCAAAACAGCACCGUUUCUCAUCCACUGAGCAGGAGAGCAACACAGGCUACAACCUAAAGGACUACGUUUAA